CAGGCGCGACAACGCCCUUCGCCGCUGGCGCGCGGUCCGAUCUUGGUCAGCGGGGCCAGCUGUGGGGUUGGUCGGCGUUGCCGGAACCCUCGCGGCUGUGCGGGCCGCUGCCCCGACAACGGCCCUCUGCGACUCUUGGUCCGUUUUUUCAUCCUGACGGGGAUCAACCUCUCGACAUUGACUGACCGGCUCCGGGGAAGGGGACAGAUAUCCAGGACUCCUUCAUCUUCCUCUAGACGACGAGCCCGGCAUUUGCGGCGUCCACCGUUGACAGUUUCGCCGGGCGUUUGCCACAUUGGAAAAUGGCUAAUGGACAGGACCGGGUAGUUGCUCUAGUGGACAUGGACUGUUUUUUUGUUCAAGUGGAGCAGCGGCAAAAUCCUCACUUGAGGAAUAAACCUUGUGCAGUCGUGCAGUACAAAUCAUGGAAGGGUGGUGGAAUAAUUGCAGUGAGUUAUGAAGCUCGUGCAUUUGGAGUCACCAGAAACAUGUGGGCAGAUGAUGCUAAGAAGUUAUGCCCAGAUCUUCUUCUGGCACAAGUUCGUGAGUCUCGUGGGAAAGCCAACCUCACCAAGUACCGGGAAGCCAGUGUGGAAGUGAUGGAGGUAAUGUCUCAUUUUGCUGUGAUUGAACGUGCCAGCAUUGAUGAAGCUUAUGUAGACCUGACCAGUGCUGUACAAGAGAGACUGCAAAAGCUACAAGGUCAGCCUAUCUCAGCAGACUUGUUGCCAACCACCUACAUUGAAGGAUUGCCCCAAGGCUCUACAACAGCAGAAGGGACAAUUCAGAAAGAGGAGAUGCGAAAACAAGGCUUAUCGCAAUGGCUUGAUUCCCUUCAGUUUGAUAACACCCCCUCUCCAGACCUACAGCUCACCGUGGGAGCAGUGAUUGUGGAGGAAAUGAGAGCAGCCAUCGAGAGGCAGACUGGGUUUCAGUGUUCAGCUGGGAUCUCACACAAUAAGGUCCUGGCAAAACUGGCCUGUGGACUACACAAGCCCAACCGCCAGACCCUGGUCUCACAUGGGUCAGUCCCACAACUCUUCAGCCACAUGCCUAUUAACAAAAUUCGUAGUCUUGGAGGGAAACUCGGGGCCUCUGUCAUUGAAAUCCUGGGGAUAGAAUACAUGGGUGAACUGACCCAGUUCACUGAAUCCCAGCUCCAGAGUCAUUUUGGAGAGAAGAAUGGAUCUUGGCUAUAUGCCAUGUGCCGUGGGAUCGAACAUGAUCCGGUUAAACCCAGGCAACUACCCAAAACCAUUGGCUGCAGCAAGAACUUCCCAGGAAAGACGGCUCUGGCUACUCGAGAACAGGUACAAUGGUGGCUUUUGCAGUUAGCCCAGGAACUAGAAGAGAGACUAACAAAGGACCGAAAUGAUAAUGACCGGGUAGCCACCCAGUUGGUUGUGAGCAUUCGUGUACAAGGAGACAAACGUCUCAGCAGUCUGCGCCGCUGCUGUGCCCUUACCCGCUACGAUGCUCACAAGAUGAGCCAUGAUGCAUUUGCUGUCAUCAGGAACUGUAAUACUUCAGGAAUCCAAACCGAAUGGUCCCCUCCCCUCACAAUGCUUUUCCUUUGUGCUACCAAAUUCUCUACCUCUGCCCCUUCAUCUUGCACAGACAUCACCGUCUUCUUGAGUAACGAUUCAAGUCCUCUGCCAAAGGUACCAAUUACCAGCCCAGAAAGUAAGACCCAGGGAAGUGGCCCUACGGUGACAGCCACUAAGAAAGCAACCAAUCCUUUGGAAUCCUUUUUCCAAAAAGCUGCAGAAAAGCAGAAAGUCAAAGAAGCUUCACUUUCGUCUCUCACUGCCACUACCCAGGCCCCCAAAAACAAUUCACCACGCAAGCUCUCAUUACCUUUCCAGACCAGCGGUACUACAGGAAUCGAGCCAUUCUUUAAGCAGAAAAGUCUGCUUCUGAAGCAGAAACAGCUUAAUAAUCCUUCCAUCUCCUUCCCUCCACAAAAUCCACAGCCUAGUCCUAAAAAGUUAACAAACAAUGUUCCAGCAGAAUGUCCAGAUUCUGCCCCAGUCUGUGAGGAGGUUUUGAAGCUAGAAUCCUGUAAAGCAACUCCUGCAGAGAUGGAUUUGGCCCAGAACAGCCCCAGUGGGCUUGCUUCUCUAACUCCCCAGUCUGUUCCGGAGGGGGCUCAGAAGACAACCACUAUCCCGAGUCUUCUGGCUACUGAGGAUCAAGUGUCCUGUGAGAAGUGUGGUGGUCUGGUACCUGUGUGGGAGAUGCCGGAACAUAUGGACUAUCAUUUUGCACUGGAGUUGCAGAAAUCCUUUUUGCAGCCCCACUCCUCAAACCCCCAAGUUGUUCCUGCCAGUUCUCCUCAAGGCAAAAGAAAUCCCAAGAGCCCUUUGGCCUCCAGUAACAAACGCCCUAGGCCUGAGGGCAUGCAGACAUUGGAAUCAUUUUUUAAGCCAUUACCACACUAGUGCUGCCCUCAGGCUUGCUACAAGGUUUUUAAUAUUUUAUUUAUAACCUGGGAAAUGGAAAUAUGUUCACUUUUCAAGGAAAUUCAUAACUUGAUAAAAAAUUUUCUAAGAAAAAUAAUGCACUUAAAUGCUGAGUUAAGGCUCCCAUCUCUUCGCCGGCAUGGAUCCUGAUUUCAUUGCUGACAGAGAUGUAAAAAUUCAUCUUCCAGAGAUACAACUGCUUUCAGUUUUUAAUUGUUAAGUGUUUAGGGAGGCAUAUAGUUAAAAAUGUGUGGACCUUGGAGCCUCAGAGAUCUGGUUCCAAACCUGGUUCUGCCUCCUAAAGUAUAUGGCGCUGAGCAAGUCACUUUCCUCACUUUUCCUCAUCCCUGAGAUAAUGAGCAAAAUAAAAAUAAUGCCUUACAGGUUACUGUAGAUUAGGAACAAUUUAUUAAAGUACUGUAGCACAGAAAAGGAACUGAGUAAAAAAAAAGUUUUUUAGAAAAUUUCCCCUUAUCUCUGUGACAGGGGUCACUCAGUAAAUACUGAAUUUCAUACAAGCAAACUGUAUGAUAACCAGUUUUAGCCAUUGGCCCUUCUACCUCUUGCAUCAUGUCCUAAUGUACGAGACUGUUACUGCACCACUUCAGGAACUCUGUUUAAUCAUGACUUGGAUAAGUCAUGAUCAGAACUAGAUCAGCUCUAGACCUUUGCUACUCUGAAUGUGCUUUUCAGGAGCAGCAGCAGCAGCAGCUUCAUCAGGGGACUUUUUAAAAAUAUAUUUAUUGAUUUCAGAGAGGAAGGGAGAGGGAGAGAUAGAAACAUCAAUGAUGAGAGAGAAUCCUUGAUCAGCUGCCUCCUGCACACCCCCUACUGGGGAUCGAGCCUGCAACCCAGGCAUGUGCUCUUGGCCGGAAUCGAACCUGGGACCCUUCAGUCCGAAGGCUGACGCUCUAUCCACCGAGCCAAGUCAGCUAGGGCAGGGGACUUGUUAAAAUCAUCUCAGCCUCACCCACCGCAACUGAAUCAGAAUCUGUAUAUUAACAAGAUUCCUCAGGCUGUACCUUAAAGUUUGAGAAGUACUGAUCUAGAAGAUACCAACAACCAGCCAGGUUUGUAGAGAGCAUUUACUUAAAUUCUAAAGUACAGAUUUAAGGGGUAGUACUUGGGCCUUCAGGGUCACUGGGUGUUCAUCUCUUUCCUACUAAAGUGACUAUUUAGCUUAAGGGUUUUCAAUUAUUGUAGCUUUUUUGCACUUGUCCAUGUUUAUAGUACUGUAUUCUUAGCUCUGUUCUUAUAUGUGGAAAGUCAGCUUUUCUGAUAUGGGGGAACCUUGAAUAAAACUGAAGAUGAAGGAUAGUGAAGACAUUGGGGGGGGGGGGGGAUGGGAGAGAAGACGGAAAAGGGUGGGGGAAUGGGAGAUAUCUGUAAUACUAUCAACAAUAAAAAAUAUAUAAAAAACUGAAGAAUUGCGUUUUGUGGUGGGGGUAGUGGAGAAGUAGGGAGAAUGGUGUACAUAUCCCCCCUCCUACACAUACACUCAAACCAACUGCUUUUUAAUCUUAUAAACUGGGGAUCUGUAUUUACUUUGAAGAUGGGGGAAAACAUUUGAAAACCACUGGGUCUAACAGAAAAUUUAUUCCUCCAAAAAUAGUUUCCUUUUUUUAUUGCAGUUAAAUAUCUAAUAAAAGACAGUAUUCACUGUAUACAUGGUCCUUUCCCUACUAGAUCUGCAGUUUCUUGGAGGUAAGAAUUCUUCAGUGUCUUGCACAUAAUAGAUGCUUGAUAUUCACUAAAUGAAGCAUAGUAAAAAAUUUUAGAUAGUUACUAGAACUGGAGCAAUCAAAAUAUACAUACUACUUGGGGGAGGGGGGCAGAGAGCUGCUUUAUGUACCUUUUUAUCCUGCAUGUCCCAUUGACAUAGCAGAGUGGCUCACUAGUUCCUGAAUAUGUCUCAUUAAGUACUGAGAUGAUUUUCCAAAAUUUCCUUUCUCAAUCCAGGAAAAGUUAAAAAAAUUUUUUAAUAAAAAAUAAUUUUAAUUUAAAAAAAAGCAUUUUUGUUCUUUAACAGGUGAUUUGCGUAUAGGUUUAAUAUUUCAAAUCCAUUUAUGACCUAAGUGAAAUUGUUUUAAUUCAGUUGUUUAUGACAGGUUUUGAAAAGUUGCUUUGAUAUAAGGAUGAAUUAUGCCAGCAUGUGAUCAUUCUGCAUCUGUUGUUGAUAAGCAGUCAGAAGCCCAACUGGAGGGUCCUGCUGGGGGCUUACCAAUAGGAACAUGUGGAGAAGCAACAAUG